UCAGAUUCGCAGUGAAAACAACCGGUAAUGGGGGCUGCCAGUUAAUGACCGUGCAGCGCACUCGCGUUUCUGAAUUUUCCCAGUGAAAUCACGAUAAUCACAUUUAUCAUUAGCGAACAACGUGUCAGCCGCCGGUGCCACUAAAAAUGGGCGCCUACUUGUCCAAGCCGAUAACCGAAAAAGUGUCCAGCGACCAGGUGGGCAAAAAUGUUGCGUACGGCGCGAGUUCCAUGCAAGGCUGGCGAAUUAGUCAAGAGGAUGCUCACAACGCUUGCAUAGAAUUCGACGAAGAUGCUUCGUUAUUUGCCGUCUACGAUGGCCACGGAGGUCACGAAGUGGCAGCAUACUGUGCCAAAAAUUUGCCAGAUUUUAUCAAAUCAACCGAGGCCUAUAAAAAGGGCGACAUCAAGCAGGCUCUGAUAGAUGCCUUCUUAGGAUUUGACGCUACUCUAACAAAACCGGAUGUUAUCAGCAUUCUGAAGGAAAUCGCAGGAACAAAAGAACCAGAGAAGGAAAAGGAAAACAAUGAUGACUCUGAUGACGAGGAAAAUAUCAGUAAUCUCUGUAUGGAAGCGACAAUGCCCCUGGAACAAGUAAUGGCGAAAUAUCAGGCCGAAAUUUUGAAUCCACAGUUGAAAGGGCUGAAGAACGAUGUUGGCGGGAGUCGCGUAUGUUCAGCGAGUCCAUACUUGCGCAGUCGAAAGGGCAAGGAGAGAGCAAGCUGCUCGUCAUCGGGCGCUGGCUGUUCAUCCUCGUCCUCCUCCUGGAACACGAAUGACGAGAGCGACGUGAGCAGCUCGAGUCAGCCCUGCGGCUCAAGUGCCUCAACAUCAGCCGAUCGAAAGGGAUUGUCGUCGAACAGUCCGAAAAGUAGCGAGGCCGAGCAAGUUCUUGAUUCGACGACGAGCAAUGGCGAGGUUGCCCAAACUUCGGAGAGGGUCGCUUCCACGGGAGAUGCUACUGCUGCCGUUGCAGCUGCCGAAAUUUGCAGCACGAAAUCAGUCGACAUGCCGGACAGUUCGGAGGACGUGAAAGACAAGGUUUCGCCGAGCAAAGUUUCACAGCCGGAACCGAGUAGUCCGUCCGUUGAGGCGGAAGUGAAUGGGGCGAGUUUAUCGAAAAAUUUCGGGGAUGCGGAUAGUAGUAGAGCAGCGGCCGACAGUGUGACGAGCAGCUCUUGCAUCCCGGUUGAGAAUGGUGAAGCUGAACAGCAGGAGAAUAUUAGUAGCAGUAUCCGGAGGAGGAAUCAGCGAAUGAUUGAUUACAAAGAGCUGCUGGCGGACGAGAAUCCUAUCUCUGACGAUGAUGGCGAUGAGGAUGAGGAUGACGAGGAGAAUGAUGAGUCCUUUAUGGGAGUUCGUGGAAAGCGCAAGGAAAUAAUGGCUAAGAUUGGAACUGAAGAUAGCGAUGAUGAUGAUGAUGAUGAUGAUGAUGAGGAGGAGGAGGAGGAGGAGGAGGAGGAGGAAGACGAUGAUGAUGACGACGAAGAUGAUGACGAUGAGGAUGAGGAUGAUGAGGAGGAUGAUGAGGAUGAAGACGAAGAUAUGGAAGAUGUUGUACCAACAGACUUGACUGAAGAGCCUGGAUCGGACAGUGGUUGCACAGCAGUAGUAGCAGUUUUAAAAGGCACAGAUUUGUAUGUUGCUAAUGCUGGAGAUUCCCGGUGUGUCUUGUGCCGAGAUGGUCAAGCGCUCGAGCUCAGUUUGGACCACAAGCCAGAGGACCAGCCGGAAAUGAGUCGGAUUGUAAAAGCUGGUGGCAAAGUCACUGCUGACGGACGAGUCAAUGGCGGAUUAAAUCUCUCCAGGGCACUUGGGGAUCAUGCCUAUAAACAGAAUGCCACUUUACCUGCCCAGGAACAGAUGAUUUCAGCUCUGCCCGACAUCAGGCAUGCCACCAUCGACCCGAAGAAGGACGAGUUUAUGGUAAUUGCCUGCGACGGUAUCUGGAAUUUCAUGUCGAGUCAGGACGUCAUUCAGUUUGUUCGAACGCGCCUCAAGCAGGAUUGUCAAAACAUCUCGAAAAUCUGCGAAGAGCUCUUUGACCAUUGCCUUGCGCCAAACACUUUGGGAGAUGGCACAGGAUGUGACAAUAUGACGGCAGUGAUUGUCCAAUUCAAAUCAUCGCUAUCGAAUGAUGUAAGCAAUUCGACGGCGGAUCAGCCAGUAACGAAGAAAAGGCCCAUAUCCCCGAGCAAGCCCGAUGCCAGCAGCGAGUGUGUGGCGCACGAAAGUGUGAUAGAAGAAUGCAAACGCCAGAAAACUGAAGCCGUCUGAGGAGUGCUUCUUCUAUUCAUCAUCACAAAUUGACCGAGAGAAGCUGUUAAAGUGGAUAUGAAUGUUUUGUAAAAUUAUGCAAUUCCGCAAACCGACUCUGCUGACUUGCACCCUGACCAGAGUCGUCACUCCACCAUCUUGCAGUUACAUUGAAACAAUACAUAAAAAGCACGACCAUUACAAGUGCUCAAUAGACUGAAGGAUUGGAUCGUACGCGGGUGAUAUUUUUUUUUGUUUGUUUUUUUUUUGUAUGUUUUAUCUUUGAAAAGGAAACGAACGGUAUUGCUGAAUUACUCACUCCUCUUUACAGAUGCUUUCGUUUUUACAUUUUUGACUGAGGCAAACAAAAGUCUUUUAACGGGUUUCAUUUUUUUUUUUUUGUACAUCUUUCAAAAUUGUGGCGAAAAUUGGAAAAGGAACAGUAAUGCAAUUACUACUGGAACGAGGAAUAGUUGUUUAGGCGAUAAGAUAUAAUUUUAACACUUUCUUUUUCAGUGGAGAACACCUUUAUAUAUUGUAGUUGAUAAGUUAAUAAAUAUAAGCAUACAUCUAAACACGGCAAAGUUAAGGUAACAAAUUAGCGGCAACCUAUCAAUUGUAUAAUUUAUUGUUUUAUUCACAUCGACGUCAUAACACCUCUCUAGCCUUUAAUAAUAAUUUUAACAUAUUUAUCGCUCUCGUGACACUAAAUUUUCAUUGGUUAUGGUGUAGAAUUUAGGAGGAAAACUGGCGGCUCGAAGAAAUAAAAGAGAGAGAGAGAAAAAAAAAUCAUGUUCAAAAUGCCAUUCACUCCAUUUGCAUUCUUAGCGUUCAAUAAUAAUUGACGAUUUAAACAAACCGGGUUUCAUUACCUUCUAGUUUACCGUCGAAGCUCACUUUUUAUUUCACUAUCAUUCCUUCGCGUGGAUCUUUCGUUGUUUUUUGUUUUUUUUUUUAGUUUCAAAAUCAUGCACAGCUGAGAGAAAAAAAAUGUAAAAAGAUUUUCGGAACAGAGUGGCAUCUGCGAUGUUCUGACGGAACAGACUUUUUUUCUUUAGUGUACUAUUGAGUUUGUAAGGUACAUUAAAUGUGCGACUGUACAUAUUUCUAAACAUAAGCUGUAAGAUUUAUAUUUGUAAUCCAAUACAAACGAUUCAUUUCUUAUUUUCUUUUUGAAUAAAGUUUAUUUUUCAAUCCCUA